AAGGAGAGCGCUUCCGGUCGACUGGAAGCGAGGGGGAACUAGCCGGAUGUUAGCACUGGGUAAGAAAUGGGGAGGGGGAAGUGGAAGCCUUCGAGGGCGAUAUUGUCUUAGGGGAUGCUGAGGCAGAAAUCCCUCCUCCGUCGUCUCGCUCCUCCCUUUGUUUGGCACCUGCUUUUCUCUCUAGUGCGGAGAAAGCAGAGGCAGGGAAUUUGAGGCUUCUUUUUCUGUAAUACCAGGAUGGGGACAAACAGUGUUAAUUAAUGUAGUCAGUGGACAGGUGGUUCAGGCUCAAACCAGAGGAAGUCUUCGCCCUUUUCCUUUUCCUUAGAACGUAUAAUUAAUCUAUGGAAGUUGCUCACGCAGUAUGUGGACUUAUAGCAUCGAUGACUUUGGUAAAAAGGGUAAGGUAAAUUCAUCGAGGAUGGACUUCAGUGGCUGUUAAAAUAGCAGUCAUAAAAGGAAACCUGUGUGUAUCGAUCUGAGGACAAGGUGGUGUAUUGGUUAUAGUGUUGGACUGGAAUCUGUGAGGCGUGGGUUCUGAUCCACCUUGAAGCUUGCUCGGUGGCCUGGAGCCGUUUUGCCAUCUCUCAGUCUUACUUUUGUCUCAGGAAUGUUGUCACUCUGAGCUGCUUGGAGAAACAGUGAGAUAAAAAUGUACUACAUGGAUACAUUUGGUUAAUACACAGACAUCCCAGCAGGCUACUUCGGAAUGUAAGUUGGUGGAGUGGAGGUGAAAGCAAUAGCAAAGGGCCUUACUUGGAGACUUCCUGGAAGCAUUUGGUUGGCUACUGCUGGGGGAAAGUAUGCAUGCCUAGAUGGAUCUUAAGUCUAAUCCCAGAGGCCUCGUAUGGCCUGUGUAUACUACCCAGGAUCUGACUUACUUGUAGCUCCAUUUCUGUUUAAUUUUCCCUUGCCAUCACCUUAACAUCACUACUAAAUUCUCAAUCUCUAUUCCUCUCUCUUUUCCAUUGUUCUGCUCCCCCUCCAACCAGGAACUGCAUGAAUGUUGUUACUUUGAAUAAAUAUUAAUGAGCCACUGGUUUCAGUCUUGUCUGUCACUAACUUGUUGAUAUAUUGUGGGUGUAUAGCCCCUCCCUAUCUUAGGUAGUUGGAGGAGAUGGUGGUGCCAACACUGGACAUGCCUGCUCAGCCCAUGGGGAUGGUAGCUGACGUGGUCUUCGUCAUUGAGGGCACUGCCAAUCUUGGACCUUACUUUGAGUCCUUGCGCAAGCAUUAUCUUCUACCUGCCAUUGAGUACUUUAACGGUGGUCCUCCAGCAGAAACAGACUUUGGAGGAGAUUAUGGAGGUACCCAGUACAGCUUGGUGGUGUUCAAUACGGUCGACUGCGCCCCCGAGUCAUACGUGCAGUGCCACGCACCAACUAGCAGUGCUUAUGAGUUCGUCACAUGGCUUGACAGCAUUCAGUUUGUGGGUGGCGGUGGAGAGAGUUGCAGUCUCAUCUCAGAAGGGCUCAGCACGGCUCUGCAACUCUUCGAUGACUUCAAAAAGAUGAGAGAGCAAAUAGGACCUACGCACAAAGUCUGCAUCCUUAUUUGCAACUCACCACCCUAUUUGCUUCCAGCAGUGGAAAGUACCACAUAUUCUGGCUAUACAACAGAGAACUUGGUUCAGAAGAUUGGCGAGCGUGGCAUCCACUUUUCCAUUAUCUCCCCACGUAAGCUGCCUGCGCUGCGUAUUCUCUUUGAGAAGGCUGUAAUGGGGGGCAUGGAUGCCCAGCUGAAGGACUACAACCAGGACCCUCGGCAUAUGAUCCUCAUCCGUGGCAUGGUCCUGCCAGUCGGAGGAGGAACUGCCUCCAAUGCCCUGCAGCCCAAACAGGCCGUACCUCAGCCGCAGCUCCCCACAGUGCCGCCACAGCUUCCUGCCACCCCUCCACAAGCCCUGCCGCCAGUUUCCCAGCCAUACCAGGUCACGCCACCCUCCACCCUCACUGCUGCUCAGGCAGCUGCUCAGUCUGCUGUGGAGGCUGCCAAGAACCAGAAAGCAGGCCUGGGCACUCGCUUCUCCCCCUUGAACCCCAUGCAACCUACCUUCAGUCCUGCUCCUGCACAGACUCACCCAGGCAGCUCAGUCCCAGCCCUGCCUCCAAAGCUUCCUGCCUCUUCCCAGUCCAGUCUGGUCUCCACCGUAACCACAGGCUCUGGAAUGUUAGUCCAGCCGACUGUGCAGACUCCUCCACAGCCUGGUGCCUCCGCCAUGCCUAGUGGCAUAGCUCCCAACAACAUGAACGUUAAUCAGCCGGCCACGGCACAAAUCGGUGCGACUCAGCAGUCAGUCACCAACAAGGUGAUGGCGUGGAGCGGAGUGCUGGAGUGGCAGGAGAAGCCCAAGCCAACUUCUGUGGAUUCCAAUACCAAGCUUACUCGUUCCCUUCCUUGUCAAGUCUAUGUCAAUCAAGGGGAGAACUUGAAGGCCGAGCAGUGGCCACAGAAGCUCAUCAUGCAGCUAAUCCCCCAGCAGCUCCUGACCACCCUGGGGCACUUGUUCCGCAAUUCACGCAUGGUGCAGUUCCAUUUUACGAACAAGGACCUGGAGUCGCUGAAGGGACUCUACCGCAUCAUGGGCAAUGGAUUUGCAGGCUGUGUGCAUUUCCCUCACACGACUCCUUGUGAAGUGCGAGUGCUGAUGUUGCUGUAUUCUUCUAAGAAGAAAAUCUUCAUGGGGCUCAUUCCCUAUGACCAGAGUGGCUUUGUCAACGGCAUUCGACAGGUCAUCACCAACCACAAACAAGUUCAGCAACAAAAGCAAAUGGGAGGGUCUCAGCCCAUGGGAUCCGCACCUGGCACACAGAACUUCCUGCCAAAGCAACCUGGGGCUUUGCCUGUGGCACAGGGAGUCCAGCAACAGAUGGGUGGCCAGCAAGUGAGCCCCGGUAUGCCUCAGGUGGGAAUCAUGGAAGAACAGCAACGGCAACAGGGCAUGAUGCCAAUUAGAAUGCAGCAACCCCAGCCAGCUGCUCCACCCACCAGUCAACCCCCCCAGGCACCAGGUCCCCCACAGCCUGGACCACAGGCCAACCAAGGAGGUGCGAUGCUUCGGCCCCAGAACCCUGGUGCCAACCCUCAGCUUCGCAGCCUCCUCCUGAGCCAACAGCCACCCCAAGCCGGAGUCCCUCAGUCCCAGCCACCCCUCCACCACCUCCAGCAGGGUUCUCCAGGCAUGUUGCCGCACCAGCCCAUGGGACAGGCUUUGGGGCAUCAGCCUCCUGGACAGCAGCAGCUCCAACUCCCGGGACAGCCCCUCAUGCACCAAGCCCCUGGACAGCAGUGGCCUGCGCAGAUGGCACCCCGGGCACCAUUGCAAGGUCAAAUGCUGAUGAACGCCGGUCCCCGGGGACCUGUAUCCCAGCAAGGUUUGCAGCAGGUUCCAGCCCCGAGCGUCAUGGAGGAUGAUAUCCUCAUGGACCUCAUCUGAUGGUUGAGGAUCUUGCUCCAGCAUCACCUGGAACUGAAACGGUUUCUGGUCUCGAGGGAAUACUUCCCUGCUUGGAGACCAUCACACCUUUUUCUUACGUGUAAUAUUUCCCUGUUUGUUUGCAAAUAUUAAUCUCUUUCCCUUC